AGCCGACUUGUAGUACAUCUUUAAGCAUCCUCUGGCAUUCUACUUCUAUCGAAAACAGCUCGCAAAUGAAGCUAUUUUGUGCCGUUUUGGUUAUUUAUGUUGUGGCUUUGAUGCUCUUUGGCGCCGAGGGACAUGGCAGUGGCUCCAGCAGCGCCGCAGAGCAAGCCAAACUCCGUGGCACACUCUUUCAGCGGGCAGGGCGCCAUGUCCGCGAGCUGAGCCAGGAGUCCGCGAAGGUGGCCAAUGAGGAGCAGCCGCCACCGCCCAAGGAGUUUAGGUCCCGUCGCGCUGUGGCCAAUGAGCAGCCGCCACCACCACCCAAGCAGUUCAGGUCCCGUCGCGCUGUGGCCAAUGAGGAGCCACCACCACCACCCAAGCAGUUCAGGCAACGCCGCCAGGCUCCACCCGGCUUGCCGCCACCACCCGAGGGCAUGCCGGCACCACCGCAAAUGUAAACAGCUUCAGGAUCCAUGCAGGAUCCAUCACGUGUAUAGCGUAUGGUUGGGCGUUUUAGCAGUGUCAAUGGGAACCACAUCGAGAGAGGCAAAAGGGAAAAACCAAAGCGAACAAUAAAACUGUUUUCAAGCAUUCCAAAAAUCAA